GGAGGGGGGAUGGGGAGGGGGCUCAGGGAAAGGGGGGACCUGGGGGCAGGGGGUACUGGGAACAGCGGGGGGGGACUUGAAGAUGGGGAGGGGGCAGGGGACAGUGUGGGCCCCGCUCGCUCUGUCCCCCUUCAGUGCCCGGGGGACAGAGGUGGUGACCUCCAUGGUGGGCACAGGGGGGGCCCACGACCGUGUCCCUAUAUCACUGGCAGCCCCACGAAUCCCACCUGCUGCUGUCCCAGGGGGGUGACACCACCACGUCUCCCCUUCCCCGUCACCUCACGUGGGCCCCUGAGGCUGGGGAGCUUUUUUUUCCCUCAAGAAAUGGCUGAAAUGGGGCUGCCUGAUGCCUCGGGCAAGCUGAUGUCCCCUGGCAGGGCAAUCUCGGCCCCUUUUUGCUGUGUGCCCUGGCCCCUCGUCACCUCCCUGGUCCCGGUCAUAUUGGGCAGAUGAGGGAUGGCGCCGUCCUGGCCCGGUCAGGACACCCCCGUCACCCCGAUCACGCCACGCAAGCUUUGGGGAUGUGAUGUGACAAAAGCAUUUUCCGGAGCCAUCUCAGCAGGGGAACGAGCCCAAGAGAGGCCUCGGGUCCUUCCCUCAAAACCCCACACACAUUUGGGAUGUGACCAAAUGCCCUUCAAAACCAGGCGCAUUCAAUCCUGCUCCCAAAUCCUAAUUUCGGGGGCCUGCAGCCUGCAUUUCGGUGUUCAGUGUGAGCUGCCGAGAUCAUUUCCAGCCUUCCUGGUGCCUGCCGUGUGCCUCAAAACCCCUCACGAAGCGGCGAGCGUCUCCCAGCACCGCCUCCGUGCGGGGCCGCCGGCAGAUGGAUGGCCCAGGCAGCCCGAAGCUGCGUCGUGUGUGCUAAAAAUACACCAAAACCCCAGAUAUGAAGGCCAGCAAAUCUCCUACACAAUUAAUAACGGGGUCAGAAGCCAUAUAGAUCCAGACAGAGCACAAAAUCUCUUCUGGGAGCUGGUCAGAGCUGCUCAUAGGGCCGGAAUAUCGCUGCCACGGGGACACGGCUCUGUCAGGGUGGGUCGUGCCAGGGGCUGUUUAUCCCGGAGCUGUUCAGCUCCUUUUACAUCUCCCACAGCCUCAGCUCCCGCUGUUAGGUGUUCCUGCCCUGCGUUUGGAGCCCCCUGGGAAAUAUCGGGUAGUUUUUGGCAGGUUCUUGGCAUCUGGGAGCACUGCCAUCAGUGGGGCCUGCCAGCUGCCGCGCGGCCUGGGCCUCGCGUCGUUGCUGGGGGCCUUCAGAUAAAGCAUUUAUCGUGCACCAGGCAGAGUGUUCCUGCUGUAUUUUUGCAUUCCUGCUGUAUUUUUGUGUUCCUGCUGUAUUUCGGUGUUCCUAAGGCCUCCGUCACCUUCCUGUGUCCCCGUGUGAGGGAUCAGCAGCAGCACUGGAAUAUUUUCACUGCCGUCAACGUGCUCCACGGCCGCCGCGCUCCAGCAGUGUGUGGCUCUCGCUCCUCGCCUUCUGAUCGCGUUUUCCUCCUCUCCCGGAGCAGAAACCAUCUCCAGUGGCCUCCUGCUGGGCUGCCCAGGCACCAGAGGGGUAAUUGGGCAUUUCCAGUGCAUCUCGCUCCAAGUGCAUCUGCUGGGGGAAAGACUGCUCAUCCUAUUUGGAGUCACAAAUAGGCAAUGGAGUCACAGCCACUUCUUGUCUUCUGCCUCCUGUUGGGCAGAAUGGCCUCGUGGCUGGGCCAGGAUGUACCAGAGAGAUGAUUUAUCAGCGUCACUGCAGAUUUGGCAUCCAUACCAUACAUCAGGGUUUGUAUCGUCAUCACCAGAUCCCCAGAACCUUUGGUAAAACACCAGAAAGGCGAGUGUGUGGGUACCAGAGCUGGGCCCAGCGCUGAUGUGGGGCUGGCCACUGCCAAAGAAAUGGUUUCAACGUUUUUAACACCAGUUUUCCGUCCUUCAGGGCAGGAGCUGCCUGUCCCGGGCUCCCCACGAGGUGGCAAUGCUGCUCUCCUGUGCAGGAGCAGUUCUGCCGCCAGGAAAAUCUCAGUGUGUGGGGCCGUGGCGGUGUCUGGGGAGCUUCCAGGUGCGUUUUGGGAUCACCAGGUGGAGCGGAGAGCCCCCGGAGCGGUUUGUGUCCUGCUUUCCUGGUCCCACGGCACCGCAGUGGUGCUAGGGGCUGGGGCUGGCUUCUGGAAACCACCUCAAACCUUUGCAGUGAGGGGCACAGACGGGGCACGGCCGGGCUCUGCGGCGAGGAAACCCACAGACAGAGAGGGCAGGGGCUGCCCAGUGCCCGUGCUGCGGCUGCAGAGGAGCUGCAAGGGGAAAAGCCCCCGAGGGCACCGUGUGUGCACCCUGUGUGCGGGGUCCUGGGUGCUUUUGGCCUCCACGUGACUGCACAGACCCAGGUUCGGGACAAGCUGGAUUUUUGACGCACGCCGUUUGAUCCCAUAAAUCAGCGCCGACAGUCAUUAGCCCUGAUGAUUAAUUAACCUGCUCCUGGAAAGCGCUGGGGCACGGCCGGGGUGAGCCCGGUUGUCACGGGGCCAGCGGCAGCGCAGGGCAUCCCCGCGCUGUGUGCUCAGAGGCCACCUUCCCUUUGUGCACGUGGGAAUUCCUGGAAAUUCACAUCCCAAAGUUUGCAAACCCUGGGAAAAAAAUAAAAAAUAAAAAAUUAAUGAGUGAGGGAAAUGACCUCUGCCCACCCA